UUCUAUUUGAAUUUUCGCAUAUGCAAAAUGUAAUAAUUUCAAGUGGAAUGAAAGAACACAAAUGCAAUUUGCAAGUGCCAAGUGAUCCAGUGCCAUUUAGAUGAUGCGUCUGAGAUUCCUAAAAGUCAAAUGAUGCCAAAGUGGGUUUUGAAAUACGAAAACUAGUUCUUAUAAAACUGCACGCACACACGCAAGAGCACGAGCUGCGGACAGGCUGCCAAAAAUGGAAGGUAUGGACCUGUGGACGUCCAUGUUUUCGGCUGACUUUGAAGAGGCUGAUGCUGGGCCAAAAAGUCACAGUUAUGCAGACGAGAUUAUGGGCGAUGAUGCUGCGGAUGAGCAGGAGACUGCUGAAGAUGAUGUUGAUGCUGGGAAAGGACCUGAGCCAGAUGACGAUGCCAUAUUUGAUUUUGAACUGGAGCCAAUUGUUAGCAUUGCGGAACCCGAACCAGCGCCAAGACCAACUGUCCGAUUAGCGCCACCAAUGCCAGUUGCUCCGCCCGUUCGGCCCCAGCAGCAUAAUCUUCAGUCAACGGUUAGCUCCACCUCAUCCUCCAUGAUGGGAGGUCGCGGUGGUGCUGCCGCGCCACCCACACGACCUACAACAUCGCAAAUCAAUGCCACAGAUGAGAACGGAGUGCCCAUUAACUAUGAACUGGGCGUCAUCUAUAUAUGCCCGGCUUGUGGUGCCGAGUUCCGGCAACAGGACAUGUGGAAGCGUCACAUGAACCAGAUGCAUCAGUAUAACACUCGCCGUGGCCUCAACUUUGUUGCAAUUGAUAAGCUGUAUCAUCGGUGCCUGGAGUGCAACAAGCGGAUUGCCAUGCACAGCCGAGAGAAUCUGCUCAAGCACAAGUUCACCCAUUUGCCAUAUCGUUGCACCAAGUGCUACAUCUGCAAGCGCGAGUACAAGUACAGACAGGACCUGAUGGUGCAUCUGCGCAUGGUGCACUGUGACGAGGUGGUUGCCAUGAUGCGUGCCGGUGACGCCAGUGCUGGACGCAAGACGCGAGUCCGUGAGCCGCGAUUCGAGCAGCGUGCUCAUGGUGCGUCUCGGUUCGGGCCGAUGAGCCAUGGACCGGUUCGUGACGAUGAUGAUGGUAUUGAAGUCAUGAAUGAGCUGAUGGACACGGAACCAACGGCUGCCGAUGAUGUGGUUGACGAGCAGAAUCGCAGCUUCAACCAAGGAAAGAAGAAGCGUAUUAAUCAGUCGGCCGGCUCUGCAAACGCUGGCAAAGCCGACAACGACAGUGGCAGUGGCGGCGGCGCUUCGGAUAUCUGCGAAGAUUACAUACACUACAUGUGUCCCGAUUGCGGCACCGACUGCGACACGCACGCCCAGUGGAGCCAGCACAUUGAAUUCGUGCACGACUAUGUCAGCCGGCGGGGACUCAAUUUUCGUUGCGUGGACAUGCAGAUGCAGUGCCUCGAAUGCAAGGAGUUUGUCAUCCCAAACACAAUCAAGACACUGCGCGCACACAAAUUCAGUCAUUUGGCUCAGCCGGAUUGGAUGCGUUGCAAGCUGUGUUAUCGGGGUUAUACGGAUCAUCAUGAGCUGGUCACGCAUCUGCUCAAGCAUCAUCAUCUGGAGACAUUAAUGCCCGAAGAGGAGCAGGAGCAGCAAACGGUCAGUGCCAGUGCCGGCGAUGAUGCUGAGGAUAACUCUGGCAUCGGCAAUGGCUGCGAUGAUGAAUCCCUCUUGCAAUUUGAGGAUGUGCCUCGUCGUGGCGGUCGCAUUGGCGGCGAUGAUAUGUAUGAACCGCAUAUUGAUUAUCUGUGCCCGCAGUGCGGCCGCGAGUUCAUUGAGAAGAAGCAUUGGCGCACGCAUGUUGUCCAGGUGCAUGGCAUGAACGAUCUGGCCAAGCUGAACUUUGAAGUCAUCAACGAUCGUCAGCUGAAAUGCACAGAAUGCGAGAAGAUCAUCACGAACGCCUACGGCAUUCAGAAUGCUCAGCAACACCGGAUUACUCAUCUGCCCUACAAGGCAUAUGCGCGCUGUCGCAAAUGCCACAAAUCGUAUACGGAUCGCAAGGGUCUGGUUAAGCACUUGGCCACAUACCAUUGCGUUGGCUAUGAACCGCGCAAUUCCAGUGCGGGAGGAGCGGCAGUCGGUGCAGGACAGAGCCAGGUCAAGUCUCAGUCAACGCCGCGCAAACAAAUUGUUACUGUUGCCAAUGAAACGUAUGAGAUUAUCUAUUUGGAUGACGAGCAAUCACCGCCAAAUAACAAUAAUGUUAAUGAGGAGAAUGAUUUUGGCGAGCAGAUGCAAGCCGAUGAUGAUGACUAUGCCACCAGCUGCACAAGCACACGCCAGUUGCCACCAGCUACUGCAGCUGCGGCUGCUGCUGUUGCUGCCACUAACACUGCGUCCAAUCAAAAUGCGAAUCGUUAUAAAUGCGUUGAUUGCGGCUCCCUGUUUGCCACGCAGGCGGCGCUCAAGACGCACAUUAGCGAGGAACAUGAUUUUAUGGACACGCAGUAUAGCGCUAAAAAGUUUGAUAAUGCCGAACACGCAGAGGAGACGAAGCCAGCGGCAGCGUCUGUGGCUGCUACUUCGCCUCCCAAAAUCUUUUCUGGCGGCUCGACAAUCGAACAGAAUUAUAUAUAUUUGUGCCCCUCCUGCGGCAAGCCAUAUAAGACGCAAUUCGAGUGGCGUCGCCACAUCAACGAGGAGCACAACUUCGAUAAGCGGCAAUAUUUGAAUAUGCGCCAGCUGGACAAGUAUCGUUAUCAGUGCACUCAGUGCAAGGACAUUGUGAGUAAUUCGAAGCUAAAGGGACUGCAGGAUCAUCACUUCAGACAUCUGCCCUAUAGGCUCUACUUAAAGUGCCUCGUUUGCGGCACCUGCUACAAUCACAAGCCCAACAUUGCCGCCCAUCUGCGUACGCGCCACAACAUCUUUGAGCGUGACACGCCCUGGCGCGAAAUGCAGCCGAAGCCUCAGAAUGGCUAUGACACCAUCAAAUAUAAAGAUAAGGAUAUGCCAGUCAUGUCCGGCACGACGUCAGACUCGCCAACACCUGGCAGCAGCAGUAACAGUGCUCGCUCACUGAAACCACAGCCCGGUUUGCUGCCCAUGCGACCCGCUGGCCUAAACACGCUGGAGGAUAGCAUCUCCUAUCACAAUGCUGUCGAUCUGGACUUUAUUACCUACUUCUGUCCCGAGUGCAAUAAGAACUUUGAUUCACACGCCUUCUGGCGCAAACACAUUGUCGAGCAGCACAACUUCAACAGCCGGCAAGGCUUGAACUUUCGCCAGAUCGACAAUCAUCACUAUCUGUGCCUGGAGUGCUACAAGCGGGUGACAGUCACCCACACCAAGGGCGCCAUUGGGCAGCUGCAGUCGCACAAGUUCCGCCAUCUUCCCUAUCGCUCAUUUAAGUGCUUGACCUGCAACGGCAAAUUUGUGCGAAAGCAAAUGUUUUUCAAGCAUUUGAACCGUGACACAAAUCGCUGCGACAGCGGAGAUCUUAGUAACGAGGAACACAUCUCCGAGCAGCCGGAGGAGAGAUCUUCGUCCGCAAACGAUGCAUCCCAGGCCGCCUCGUAUCGCUUGCUGUGUCCGCAGUGCGGUGAUAACUUCAGCACCAGCACCAAAUCCGUCUGGCGUAAGCAUAUUAACACUCAACAUGGUCUGAGUAAGCUAGAGGUGCUGCACAUGUCCAAGCUGGGCGACGAGCUUUAUCGCUGCGUGGACUGUGAUGAGCAGCUGGAAACGAAACAGCUGCGUGUGCUGCAACAGCAUCGCUUCCGCCAUUUGCCGUACGCCGCCUACAUACGUUGCCAGCUGUGCGAGCAACAGCAGCCGGAUGAACUGGGUCAUGGUCCCGUUGCAGCCGGGAUGCACAGCAUGUGUGAGCUGCAGCAACAUAUGCGCGACGAGCAUCCCUCGUUUGUGGAGAACGAUGAGCAAAUGCAGUUGCUCGUCGAUGUGGACGAUGAGGAGAGCCACCCGAUAGCGGUGGCAAGCAAUGAGGCAUCUGAUAAUGGAUCAUAUAUGCCGAUGCCGCUGCAAAUGCUCCUCGACGGCGAUGAGGAUGAGGACAGCCAAACGGCGGUAGCUAACAAUGAGACGUCCGACAAUGGACCAUAUAUGCCCCUGCCGCCGCAUUUACUGGAGGAGGACGUAGACGACUUGGAGUUCGAAGAUCAAUAUCUACUGAGCUAAAUGCUUCCGAAAAAAACUAUGAUCCCAGUCAUCCACAGAAUCUACAUGACUCCCAAUUUGAGAAAAUACUCACAUCACUCAGAAACAUAUAUAUACUAUAUACUAUACAUUAGGUCGGUCGAAAAUUAGAACUUGUAGCAGUGAAAAUCAUAAUUUGUCUUGCGGCAAACAUUAUUCAUUUAUUUGAAGAAUCUCUGAUAAGAAUCAUUUUCAAGUGACCAAUGUAUAUUUAUACAUAUAUAUAUGGAAUUAAGUAUUUAUAUAGUUUAUGACACUCAUUUCACGUGCAUGCAAAUUGUAAUUUCAUCUAGAAAUCUCAUUUAAAUACUUAAGUAGAUAUAGGUAUAAAACUUCAAUUAAUUAUUAUUUACCCCACGGCUGCUACCUGGUCUCACUCAAGUAAUUAUGAAACAAAUUAAGAGAUCUGGCAUUUAACUAAUCUAUGAAAUUAUUAUGAGAAUUAUAAAUUAUCGACUAUGUUUUCUAAUUUAAUCUGUAGUUUUUCGUUAA